UCUCCGCUUCCGACAAAAAACAAACCGGAUGAAAGUUAGAAGAAGAAGCUCUUACAAUGGCGUUAACGGCAACAGCACGAUCCGAGUUGCGUAAGUUCUUGAACCGGGCUCCGAGACCGGGUUUCAUCGGCUCCGACUUCAAUGGCCACACACGGCCGCCAACGCCAACCUUUAGCCGCGAUUUCUCGUCGUCUUCCUCCGCCGCAGAGGUGGCGCCUCGAAGGGAUCCAAUGGGAUUUGAAUCGGUGGGAAUGAAGGAAUAUUUGGAUUAUAGGCGGUCACUUUACGGAGAGAUCACUCACAAGGCUGUUCUUGUUGACGCUGCCGGUACCCUCUUGGCUCCCUCUCAGCCCAUGGCUCAGAUUUAUAGAGAGAUAGGGGAGAAAUAUGGGGUGCAGUACUCUGAAGCUGAGAUAUUGAACAGAUAUCGAAGGGCAUAUGCUCAACCUUGGGGUAAAUCUCGUCUCAGGUAUUAUUUCUUUAUUAUUCUUGCCUUUUUAAUGGCUAGAAUUUGUAAGAUGUUACAAAAAUGGCAGGUAGAAGCAGAGAAGCCAAACCCAACAAUAUUUGUAAAAGCAUGUGAGCUGUUGGGGAUAAAACCAGAGGAAGCGGUUCAUGUAGGGGAUGACCGUAGGAAUGAUGUGUGGGGUGCCAGAGAUGCCGGUUGUGAUGCUUGGCUCUGGGGUUCCGAUGUUCACUCUUUUAAAGAGGUUGCUCAAAGGAUAGGAGUACAGGUGUAGAGAGAAUCACCAUCAAUGCUUGGAACUCAGUGUGAG